AUGUCAGAAAUACUCGGCCUGGCCUCUAGCAACAUCACAAUAGUCGAGGUAGCUGGAAAGCUUGGCACAAACACCAUCCGACUAAAGCGAUUAUGGGACGAAGUACAAGAUGUCCCUGUUAGCAUUCAGAUGUGUAUCGAACAAUUGGAAAUCUUAGCCCCGGCUAUCGAUGAAAUGGAAUCCGAAUUUGAGAAGACUCGGAACAUGAUUCAGAAUGAUUCUGCGUCGAAGCGAAGCCUAGAAUAUUCUCGGAAAGCAGUCCAGACACUCGACACCUUGGUGAGAGACAUGGAAUCCCAGAUCAGCGCAGCAAGAACUAGUAGGAGGUUGGUGGUUCAGCUGAAAGUCAGGAUCAAGAAAGACGUGAUUGAAGAUCACCAGCAGCGGCUCACAUCAGCCCUUCAACUGCUGUCUCUCUCCCAACAAACCUAUUUGAUUGCUUUAUCACGCGCGCAACCGGGGAUCAUAAUUUCCGAGAUAAGAAACUGGCGUGAUUCAGACUCUCAGAAGCAACUUUCGCAAGGCCCUGAAGAUGACAACCAGCCUAAAAGAGGUGGAGGACCUGGAGAGGAGCAUGACACAGAAUCUACACAUCAUACCAAGUCUCCUGUACCACGAGAUUUCAGUUUAAGUUCUGCCACAAAGCCACUGCCGCAGAGGCGACCUGGCCUAUUAGGAAGCUUCACUUUCCAGUCUUAUGAAGUUGAUGAGAACCCUUCUAUCCACUACAUCCCAGAGAAGGCACGAUGUUAG